CCUAAUAUGUUUAGUUGAUAUGUUGAUGAAAUUAGUUAAUGGAUGAUAUGGAUAAUUUGAUGUAUUUUUAUUGUUAUUAUAUGGUUCAUAUGAUAAAAUGAUUUGAUGACGAAUAAAAUAUAUAUUGAUUAUUGAUAUGUAUGAUUAUGGCAUGAUGAUGAUGAUGACAGGGAUAUUGAGUGAUAGUGAUACGAUUGACGUAUAUGAGUAUGACGUGAUUAGAAUAUCGAUUGGUAUAAAUGUGAUUGGUAAAUAUAAAUAUUACCGAGAUAUUUUGUGACAAUGUUGAUAUGAUGAAUGCUUUGAUUAAUGAUGAUGUGGAUGAGAUAUUAUCAUGAUCGAUUUGUAUUUGAUGUGUUAAAUGAUUACGAUGAGUGAAUGAGGUAUUGAUAAAGUGAGUACUUGGUAGAUUUGUCAAGUUUGAUUGGAGAGAAUGAAUUACUUAUAUCAUUGAGAAGAUGAUCAUUAUAUUGAGAUCAUGCAAUGCAUCAAAGUAUGCAUAGAUGAUGUGAGAUAUGCAUGGACUGGGAAUAUCAAUGGGACGUUGUUGAUUUCUUGGAUCGAUUGAGAUAUGAUGGAAGAGAGAAAUUGAUAUUGUUUGAUCAUGUUAAAUCACAUAGACAUAGAAGGGCCUAUGCCUACCCCUAUGAGAUUGAUUGGGCUGCGGUCCUAAUGAAAGGAUUUAUGAUAAUCCUAGAUUGGAUGAGAUUGUGGUUUUUUAUAUAACCACUAAGAUGAUGAGCUCGAGCGGGGUGGGCGUAUGGUGACCUUAGCGCGCAAAUUAAUAACAAAUUGAGAGUCUGCAUUUCAUGCAUUGCAUAUGAUAUAUGAUGGAGAUGAUUUCCAUAAAGGAAAUCGUGAAGUUAUAUUCGAUUGAUGAUUGAUUGAAAGAUUGAUAUGGUUAAUGCCAAAUUGGUGAUUUGAUUAUGGAUGAAUGAUUGAUAUGGUUAAUUCCAAAUUUGUGAUUUGACUAUGGAUGAAUGAUUGAUAUGUUUGAUGUUCAAAUGAUGACUUGACUUUGAAUGAAAGGUUUAUAUGAUGGAUUCAUGAGUUGAGGUAAGUUUACGAUUUUAUGUCGAUAUAUGACUUGAUUAAUGAAAGUCAUACCAUGAGGAAUUGGGUUAAGAUGAAUUUGGAUUGAUGACCUAGAAAUAAAUCUAGGGAAUAAUGAGAUAUUUGUGUGGCAUGAUAAUUUGUUGAGGAUGUGUUUUUAAUCAACAAGAUGUGAUGAUGUGAUGGCAUGCUAACUAUCUCCCUUCAGAGAUUCAGUUUGAUACUGACCUACUGUUGCAUACUUUUGACGAUAUUAAGACACAAUUUGUUGACUGAUUGGGUAUCUUUGUUGGUGAGUUUCUUUUGGGUUUGCGGAGAUUGCAGCAAUGCCACCUAAGGGGCUUCGCAGUGAUACUUCUUCUAGCCAGAAGAAUCAAUAUCAUCCACUUCCAAUUCUGCAACUCCUCAAUGUAAUAUGCUCACUUUGUUAUUAGUUUGAUGUUUUCUUUAGAUUGUAUGUUGUAUAUGCACUAAAUUGUAAGUUAUUUGAUUUGUGUGUUCCAUCGUUCAUUUGUCAGGGAAAGGAAGGGAUAUAUGUGUCUCACCUGAAGGUCCAACUCUAGCUAAAGUCGACACUAAGAGGGUGCACAUCGAGGGUGGUAAGGGAGAAUCUACAACAUUUGAUUAAUUGGAAGUACAAUACUAGUUGUUCUAAGCUUUGAUCUUUCUUAUUCUUAGUUAUCGACAACUUGAAAGCCGCCUCCUUCACAUGGAUGAUCAUAUUUCGGCAUUAGCUAGGAGGAGAAGGAAUAUUGUUUUGAUGGUACAUCGGAUUCAUCCAGUACGGGUUGUUUCAGUCCCAAGUAUGACUCUCUGCCUUUCGCUUAGCUUUGUAUGAUAGUAAGAACACUUUUGAUAGCUUUCCAUCUUUUGAUAUUGAAUCUUAACAAUGGCAUUGUUUACUUUGAACUAUGAUGUGAUUACUAGGCUUAUUUCAUGAGUUCAAAGUGAGCCAGUCACGAUUGGAGGUUCUGAAAUGCAUGAAUUCUGAGUGUUAAGAGAAAACCAAUAAUUACUCUGGAUAAUUGGGUUUUAGAUGGUAAAUAAUUGGGUAUUUAUUGUAAUUUUCAUAUUAUGCGUCUUCUUAUGAGAAAUAUUUAGAGAUCCCUCUAAUCAAUAAAUUAUACCUCUUGACAAUAAGCUAAGUGUAAUCUAUCUACAUGCAUAUAUGGCAUGAAAAUGGGAGAGCCACUCAAAAUUGAAUGCUUAUUCCUUCCUUACUUCCUUUUCUCUCAAAGAUAUGGCCUAUUCACCCAAUACAUGAAUCUUUUUGUCGACCAUUUGAAAAAAGGACUGUGAUGUAAUUUAAGGGAAGGAAUAGAUACAAACCAGUAGCAUCCCAUUUGUUUGUGUAAUUUGCCCCAAAUCCCAACAGCUCACGUUUGUGUCAGUUUAGGACAGGGGCAACCUGCUUUUAUGGAUUCUCGACCUUUAAGUAGCAGGAACUUCUCCAUGCUAACAUAAUUCUAUCUUAUUUUCAGUUACAUAAGCAGGUUCCACCAGAAGCAAAAAAGGGAGCUCGAGUCUACUAUACUUAUAAUACGUUGAAGGGGAAAACAACUUCCCCAUUUCAAAUUUGCUGCCUCCAGAGUCUCUCUCGGAGGGGCAAUUUUGGAAAGUUCAUAUUUUACGUCUAGCACACGUGCAUUUGAACGGGCUCAGUGGUUGUAUGAGGAAAGAAAGAGAAAACUGUUCCAGAGACUUGGAAGAAACCCCCCAACCGACUGUCCUCCUCGGCAUCGCCUGCACCUCUGCAGAUUCGGGGAAUUUUUUUGGUCUUUCGCUGGCAGUACAAGCGGUUUCUCCAGAGACAGCUGCAGUUCAACCAAUUCUUCUCCGUGAUACAGUUCUUUCGAUCGCUUCAAUUGGGACUGACAGCUCUACCGAGAUAACGAUGGUGUUUGGGAACAUCUUCCUCCGCUUCCUUCCGGUGUCCUUUAAUCAGGCCGUCGGCACCCUUACCCUGUUUUUCUUCGCGUCUUUGCUUAUGUGAUGACUCUCAAGAGGGAGGCUUGGCUCACAUACCUCACUUCGGUUCCUAUUGUGACUGGAGUCAUUAUUGGCAUUGGGGUAAGUCCCAAUUUCUCUCAAUUUUCCAGCAUAAGGUUAGAUUUUAGCUGUUACUUUCUACAAUGGGGUUGGUGUUCUAAUCAAUUCAUUGCUGAAGUGGGGGGGUUAAAAUUGUACUAUGUUAGUGAAAUUCUAUUGGAACGACUCUUUUCUCUAAUAAAUGGUUAUGUAUUUCAUCAUUGCUUCUUAAAUGAUUGCUUUUCUAAGGUUGAUUCUAGAGAUGACAAAUACUCAACAACAAUGCAGACCAUCCAAUUGAAUGAGUUAACUGGAUAUUUAGGUGUUUUUUACAUGUAGAUGGAUUUUCAAGCAUCUGGGCUGAUUCUGAUCUGUCUUUUUGUGUGUUGAUGGGUGGACUAUACGGUUGUUUUCCUUUUCGUAGAUUUGAGGAGUGAUGUCUUUGCUACUUUGCAGGAUUCUUGAAGGUCGGCUGCAAAACAUAUCGUUUUGACCUCGGCGCUGCGUGAUGAAAGCUCUUCCAGCUUGCUUUGGUAUAUUCAGAAAAUGAUUUAAGCUCUUCGUCACUUGACUACUUAACUACAAUAAUAAAUGUGUGAUGUGUUUGUAUAGGUACGUGUUUUCCUAUCUUAUACAUAGAUAAGCAAACAUCAAACCUCUUGAAUUCAACCUAUUCUUUCCACUUACAGAAAGUGAUCUUGGGCCAUGAAAGUAUAACAGCUACAUCAGAUGACAUCUUUGUAAGGGUUAACCUAAAUGGAGAUUUCGUUGGAUAAUUCACUCACGAUGACACUGAGGAGGAUAGUAUCCAAACUGCAGGGUAUAUGUUGCUUCAAGAGUCAAGACUCAUAUCUCGAUCUAGAUACCAAUUACUCAGGUGUGCUCUCCCUCUCUCUCUCUCCCUCUCGCUAUGCUCCACAAUGCUCUUCUAAAUUGCAUAUUGUUGGUUAACUAACUUUAGAAGAGGGUCACAAGUCAUAGCUGCCAAAUUGUACAGCCAAACUCUGAACAGAGCUUUUCGCUGUUCGUUUUUUUAUCAGACUUCUUACUGUCAUGUGCUCUGCUCCUACUUGAUAGAAAAGGCUGUCAUGCAUUGUCGAUAGAAGGUUAUUUUUUUGUAUUUCAGAAGUUUUUGUUGUACUUUAGUAAUUGGAGAAGUUAUUGUUGUAAUGAAUAUGGCGUGGUUGUAUUUUCUCUUAAGCUGCAACACUAAAUUGAUGAGGUUGCACAACUGAAGGCGAGGACAACUUCGUACUCCAUCAAUUUUGUAAGGUUUGAUUCUUUUUUGUUUCUUUUUACUCUUAAGUUCCAUAACCAUAGCUUGCAUGAUUACCUGAAAUGAGACCACAACUUGCUCAUUUGGUUCUAGCUAUCUUUCCCUCUUGCUGCUUUUAUUCCCAAUUCAUUGACUGAAAAUGGAUUAACUAUGUCACCCUUAUCCUUGCCGCAAAUCUUUAAUGUGAACAAUUUAGGAUACAGAACCAGCACUUAACUGGUGCUCAACUUCUCCACAAAAAAACGAAGAAUGCUUCAACUGCUUUGCCAAGGUUCCCGUCAGCGUAUUUCUCUUUGAUACUUUUUCCUUGCUCUAGAUUGUUAGCAGUUUCCUCCAUUAUUCCCAUAUAGUGAUACUUUUUGACUUUACUCGCAGGUGCUGGAACAAAUCAGCGGUCAAACCCCAGUUUAUUCCGAGGGUAUGCUUUUAUUAUGAUUUUUAUAGCAAUAUUUUAAGGAGUUCUUCGUGCUUACUAUGUCGGGUCACAAGGUGACAAGGAAGGUUAAAGAGUAUGAGCUCACUAGGAGUAACUUCAGCGACACUAACUGCUUUAGUUUCGGUAUCCAAAAGCAUACUGAUCUUGGCAUCAAGUGAGUCUGUCUUCUAAUUGUACUAUCCCUCUUUCUUAUCAUUGUCUUAGAAAUGUAGUUAUUUCCUGAAUCCCCAUACCUUAAUUAGGUUGUCUUAGUUUAUUUUAUGAUCAAAUCAACAAAGUAUGGUCAGAGUUCAUUUAAGAAGACGAGGGUCAUGUUCAUGGACUGCAAAUUACAAUCAAACCAUGCAUUAACCUACGCUUGCAGUCCAUCGCAAUUAUUCUGGAACUUCCUUUGAAUUUUAUUAUGCUAAUGUCAAUUGAUUUGUGUAACUUGGAAUUCUCAGUAUUGAACUAUUGAUAGAGCCCAUAGCACUCUAAUCCAUGCCAUUUGUUUUUAGAGAAACUUAGUAAUACUCAUUUUGAAUGUGUACAAUUGGUAUAUCAAUUGAUAUUAUUGGUUGAGAGAGGAGGGAUCAUGUUGAUCAUCACACAAUGUCCAUUUUGUGUCGUAUUGCAAGUUCAUUAUUAAUAGAUAACAUAACUCUAGAAAGUCGUAUUGUUCUAUAGCAAAUGUGUUUGAUUGCUUCUUUUCUACUUUGUAUUUGUAUGCCUCUUACUAUCCUUUUUUCCAUUCUAGCCCUGCUUCAUGAAUCAACUUUUGCUGCAACGAUAGUUAUAAAUGUCAUGUGGAUACUGAUAUGGAACGUCUUCGGCUGCUUAUUCCACUUGGUCAAAGUGAACAAUAUGGGAAUUGGUCUGGAAUGUGGAUGCAUCUUAAACCUUUUGGUCGAAGCUCGACCAUCUCCUGAUGUAUAAACCAAUUAUGUGUUUUGAGAUGCAUCCUCUUUUUGAACUCUGUAAUUUGAUUUGAACCGUUUUUCUUGAUCUUCUGAUAUUGAAACAUGGGCACCCAGGCAUUUCUACAAUAGGAAAAGAACUAAUUUACUAUCUUCCAUUUGAGUACAACUUUUUGCAAGCAAAGAAGAAGCUUCUAGCGCUGCUCUUACAUUUCUAAUCAACGCCACUAUUCAUA